CUUAAACAUGGCUGACAGCGCUUACCCGUGUUGAAGUAGAUUUAGGGAGGGAGAUGCUUGGCUACAGCCGUGUUUGAAGAGAGCUACGGAGCUGAUGAAGGGCGGCCUGUCAGUGAAGUGUCUCCAGCAUGUCGUUCUUGUCGCAGUCUGACGUGGAUGAAGACCAAUACGUGCUGACCUGCAGCCUGGACAACGUCCGCAACCUCUCCAACAUCCUGAAGGCCAUCCACUUCAAAGACCACGCAUCCUGCUUCGCCACCAGCAACGGACUGAAAGUCACAGUGGAGAAUGCUAAAUGCUUGCAGGCCAAUGCCUUUAUUCAGGCCGGGAUAUUUCAGGAAUUCAACGUCCGGGAGGAUUCUGUCGUGUUUCGCAUAAAUCUGACCGUUCUGCUCGACUGUUUGACUAUUUUUGGGGCAAGCGCUGUACCAGCCACUUGCACAGCCUUGAAGAUGGGCUACCAGGGCUACGGCCACCCCCUCACCCUAUUUCUAGAGGAAGGCGGGGUGGUGACUGUGUGUAAAAUUCACACCCAGGAGCCGGAGGAGACCCUGGACUUUGAUUUCUGCAGCACCAAUGUCCUAAAUAAAAUCAUCCUGCAGUCAGAAGGGCUCAGGGAGGCGUUCUCCGAACUGGACAUGACCAGCGACUUUCUGCAGAUCACCAUGUCUCCGGAGAAACCCUACUUAAGAUUGUCCACGUUCGGUAAUGCGGGAAGCGCCCACCUGGAUUACCCCAAAGACUCGGAUCUGAUAGAAGCGUUUCACUGCACCCAGACGCAGACCAACAGAUACAAGAUCUCCCUGCUGAAGCCGUCUACCAAGGCCCUGGCCCUGUCCUGCAAGGUGUCCAUACGGACUGACAACCGCGGCUUCCUCUCGCUGCAGUACAUGGUCAGGAACGAGGACGGCCAGAUCUGCUUUGUGGAGUAUUACUGCUGUCCCGACGAGGACCUCCAGGACGGGGAAUCUUAACUUCAUGGUUUCCUCCAACCUUCUGGAUUUGUGGAACAAAGCGUAAUCCACGUAAAAAGUUCUUCUAACUUUCAUUCCUCACCAGCUUCAAAACCUCCGUUUGCCGUCGGUGAAUAAAUGAAUACACCCAGAGGCUUAAAACCUGCGCAGACACAGCUGAGGGUUUGUUACAAUUGAAUCCAGCGUAGAACCUCUCUAAGGGCAUGUCCACAUAUGCGGAUUGUAGCUCCAUCCACCCACCGAGGCUCGCACCGCGCCAACCAGGGACACAUCCCUUCUUAGUCAGUCGAGCCUUUAAAUGUGAAAUGCAGCCCAUUGAAAACAAUAGGAGGCGCAUCCAAUUUUGAUGCAGUGUCCUCGCCAAAAACGCAGCAGCUGCACAAAUCUCUCUCCUGCCCUAAUCAUUUGCUACAAUGUGUCAGUGAAGGUCAAAUGUAUCUGUACGGAGGGAAGACUGUUUAGUUCGCAGGAUGCAACUGUGACGAAAUGUCAGCUGUGAAGAACGUUAGGCAUGUAUCCAUUUUUAGUUUCUGGAUAUAGACGGUGUUCCUAUUCACAGACAGCAAGCUGAGAUCUUAAAACACAAAGGUCAGCUCUGCUGUUUUGUGGGGUGAACUCAUUGCUUGGUGCGGAGGAAGACUAAGCAUAGGUUUAAUGCCAGAUAUUUGGCGUUCUCCCGCUGACAGUCUGCGCCCAACCCCCUAAAAUCUGACAUUUUUGUCACACGGAUAAAACCCUUGGUUCUUACAGAUAAAGAGUUAAAAAUGUAUAUUCUGCCUAUCUGCAGCCACCACCAGGAGGAGCUGGAGAGCUUACUAUAUGAUUGAGCGCAGUGUAUGAACAGUAUACAGUGGAGCUCCCCCUAGUGGUGGCUGCAGGAGCUGGAAUCUUGGAUCUGGAGCGAAGGAUCAGCAUCUGAUACUGAUGGGGAUAUAUUGAGAAAUCGGUCUGCCUCUGGACCGCUGCACGGCUGCAGACUUACGCCUCAUGCAGACGUCCGUGAGAUACCGGACUGGCGUUGCAGGAGCACACUGUGUCGCUGGUUGCUAUGACGCCUGCCAAUGCCAGUCCGGUAUUUGACGGACCUCGUUCCACAGACGUCUGCAUGAGGCUUUCGUGGCACCAAACUUUCCCAGAAACAGAUAGAAGAACCGGCAGAGGAGGGUCUGCCUGUACUGGGGAUUAUGAGCUGUAUAUGGAGGGUUUCUACUGUAUAUUUUCUUGGAUGUACAAAAAGUAUUUUU